AUGUCAAAUCUAGGUGGUGGAUGUUUCUCUCCUGGUCGUGAAAUAAUCGAAGCUAAGCCUCGCCUUAAGAAGCAACGAUCUAGGAACAUUUUCAAGGUGGCAUUAUCAAAGAUGAGAGGGCGAUCUGAGAAGCCAAAGGCGAUUCAAGUUGAUGAUGAUGGAUCAAAGAGUAACACGUGGAGGAAGCUUGUGGGGUCAAUGAGGACAUUGCAAAUGCAAGAUGAUGCUGCGGAUUAUUAUUCUUCGGCAGCAAGCAGCCCUUCAAACCCUAACAUGGUGAAAUCGCCAUCCGUCGACCGAUUUGAAUCCUUUCCUAAUUCUCCUCUCUCAAACUUCGCCUCGAGUAGCCGCUACUCUUCGGCCGUAGGGCUGGACAAGCUUGUAGAAAAUGACGAGAGCCUAACCAAAGAAGAAGACAUAACGAAGAAGCACGAUGAUGAUCAUAGUGAUGGUGAUGACAUGAUUGAUGCCAAGGCAGAGGAGUUCAUUGCUGAGUUUUAUCUACAAAUGAAGUUGCAAAAAUUCAAUAAAAUGGACCCUCAUUAUCGAAAGAUUAGUCAGAGAUCAUUAGGUCUAUGA